ACACUCUCUGUUUGAGUUGGGUGGAAAUGUCUGUGUAGAGUGUUUAGAAUUUACUUUGUCCUUUUCCCAGCGUCUCUCUAAGCCAAAGAGAUCGGAAUAAUGCUUCUGCGACAUACAGCGGCACAGUUUAUGCUACAACUGGUGUAUUUUAAGUGGUAAAGAGGUGUCACUAGCACAACUCAAGAGAUCGUGUCGAAGCAAAGUUACAUCAGCUUGCACCUUCAAUACCUCAUCAUUUCACUCUCUCUCUCUCUUUCUCUAUCUUUCUCUCUCUCUGCGUAUAUGUGUGUCUAUUUAUCAUUUGCUCAACUCAGGAGUAGAGGGAAGAGUCAAGGGUUUAGAAGAGAGAGAGAGAGAAGGAAAAAGAAAAAGAAAAAGGAAAAAGUGAAAGGGGUUUAGAAAACCCUAAUUCAUGUUCAUGAGUUUAAAAGGGAAAAUGGGUAUGUGACUAUGUAGUCUAUGUGUGGAUUUGAGCGCUGAGGAAACUACUUCUACUCUUCUCUUCAAAAUGGGUGUAUUUCAGCUUUGUUUUAGAUCUGACGGAUAGGGGAGAAUGAUGGGUAUUAAUUAAUUGUGUCUGUUAUGUGGAUGAGGGAUUAGAUUUCUACUACUACUUCUUCUUUGUUUUGUUUUUGUGUAUGAAUUAAUCCACAGACACACACACGCAGAGACUAUUCAUCAAAGACAAAGAAGGACACGGAAGAGACUGACAGAAGAGAGUGAGCACACGCUGCAGGCAAUUGUAUGAGAGCAUACUUUUGCGAGUGCGUGCUCACUUCUCUUUCUGUCAUAUACUCCCAUUUUUGCCGUGUCUCUUCUUCUUCUUCUUCUUUGCGAGUAGUCUCUCUUCCUCUUCUACUCAUCCAGCUGCUAGCUAGCUAGAACUCUCUUUUCUGAACAUAUAAUACAUUUAGAUAAUGUUUCUCAUUCUUUUUGUGUUAUAUAAGUUACUUCUCUCCCUGUAUCUGUUCAAGAGAAAAAAAAAAAUAGUAUACACAAAAAGCAAAAGAGAGAAAAGGCGUCCCCAGCCAGAAAUAUGACACAUCUUCACAACCCUGACAAGCAUGAUUCUUAUCCUCUCUUCUCUCUUUAUCUCUCUUUUUCUGAUACUUAUCCUCUCUUAUUUUAAUAAAUGAUUGACUGGGUUAAGAAUGUACAUGUAGAGUUCAUAAGAGGUAAGAUAUGAAUGAGCAUGCACUCAAAAUAUUUCCUCUUUAUGCUAUAGCUAGUUUUGAUGUCUUUUCCUAUCCAAAAAAAAAAAAAAAGUUUUGAUGUCUUUUUUGUUUCUUAAAAAAAUAGUUAAAAAAAAAAAAAAAAACAAAUCUCAGGCUCUUUCUUCAAAGAUUUUAUCCCUACCUGUACUACUAAUUAUUUUAGCCUUAUUAAUUGUGCUUCAGCUUCAACGCGUGACUUUUGAUGGUACUCUUUUGUGAGAGAGGUGAAGAUGGUGGUACCGUGGUGGGUUCCGGAAGGUACGCCUACCUGGUUACUGUUCUAGUUUUAACGGAAACCAAUAAUUUUUUUUUUUUUCCAUAAAUAAAUAUUGCUUCACGUUAUUUGCUUUGUUUUAUCAAAACCUCUUUUUGCAUCAUCACCAUCUUCUUCUUCUCUCACUGGUAGACCAUGCAAGGCAAACGGCAUGUUUGGAUGUGGUACCACUCUUUUCUUUUAAUCUGGCUCUGAUUUUGGGUUAUUUUGGAUUCUUACAAUUUCUAAUUCUCAACCCUGAAUAAGUACUUCUCAGAAAAACAAAGAAAACCCCCCAAUGAUUUUAUGGUUUUGUAGAAAUUUUUUGGUUGAUUUCGACCAUCUAUUGUCCUUGGUCUAGUAGAAUUUCGAGUUGACUUGCAAAGGAGGAGUCUUUUUGAUGGUGGGUUGGUGCAAACACUGCUAAAUAUGGCAAAGAAUUACUGUUUCGGCUUCUCAACAGAUAUGUACUACUACAGUGCCAUGAGUCAAGGUUUUAGAGAGUUCUUAUUAUUGCUUCGUAUUGGGGGUCAAACUGCAGCCUCUCUGUAGAAGGUUAAUCACUCAGGAUUACAAUGGAAGAUGACAUGUUAAGCAUGAUUUCAAAUGGUGGAGUCAAUGCAACUGCAGAGGAUUCUGAUUCAAGCAGCACCACUUACCCUUUUCCUGAAAGCAAACGUGCAAGGCAUGGUAGCAAUGCAUCUUCUAAAUUCAAAGGUGUUGUACCACAGCAAAAUGGGCACUGGGGUGCACAAAUAUAUGCCAAUCACCAGCGCAUUUGGCUGGGGACUUUCAAGACUGAAAAAGAAGCAGCCAGGGCUUAUGAUAGUGCUGCUAUCAAGCUUAGGAGUGGAGAUUCCCAAAGAAAUUUCCCUUGGACAGAUAUCACUGUUGAAGAGCCAAGCUUUCAAAAUCUAUAUAGUACUGAAGCUGUGCUCAACAUGAUAAAGGAGGGUUCCUAUCAAUCCAAAUUUGAAGAUUUCCUUAGGACACAUUCACAUAUUGUGGAAGCAAUUGAUUUGAACUUGGGUAGGGUGCAAAGCAAAGGAGGACUAUCAUGUAAACAACUUUUUCAAAAGGAGCUUACGCCAAGUGAUGUUGGUAGUCUAAAUAGACUUGUCAUCCCUAAGAAAUUUGCUGUCAAGUACUUCCCAUGUAUUUCUGAAUCUGCAGAAGACAACGAAGGAGGAGGCAACAAGGAAGCUGUGCAGCUAAUUUUCUAUGAUAGGAUGAUGAGGUCAUGGAAAUUCCGCUACUGCUAUUGGAAGAGCAGCCAGAGUUUUGUCUUUACAAGGGGUUGGAAUAGGUUUGUGAAGGAAAAGAAAUUGAAGGCUAACGACACUAUUAGUUUCUACUUGUGUGAGUGCCAAGAAGCAGCAAAUGACGCUCGUUCAUUCAACAUGAUUGAUGUUUGUAGUAGCGACAACUGCGGCGGCUUGGUUGAACAGGCUAACCAAUAUGUUGGUAUUCAAAUGGACCUGAAACUUGGAGUAAGCCCUCAAAUUGACCAUAAACUUGGAGAGGAAAAAGAACUUAAGGGACCCAAACCAACACAUGAAACUGAAAAGCCGUGUUUUAGGCUCUUUGGUGUACAAAUCAUCUGAAGCUGAUAUGAUAUCUUAGCUCUUUUUCUUAUUUUAUUCUUUUUUAGGUUAUCUCUGAUUUCUCAUUAGACCCUGCAAUGCCUCAAAGUUUUUGCCUGAGCUUUGUGUUAGGGGGAAAUUUAGGUUUUAUGGUGAAGUAACCAUUCUUGAGAAGAAUGUCAUAGUUUAAAUCUCUGCUGAAAGUUGUCAUUGACAUUAUAUACAGAUAAAAAGUAACUAUUUUAACAAGUUUCUUGCUGA